AAUGUUUUCAAUUAACGACCAUUUGAUUACUGUUAAAGAAAUGAUUAAGACUUGUGCAGUUGAUGUGCGUGAUGAAUGGCCAACAAAUCCAGCUAAUUAUGCAAAAAGUGAGACAAUUCAACGAGGGACCUUUGGAGUUAUCCGCUUUGCUGAAGCAAGUGAUUAUUCAUUUGGUUUGGAUGGAUUUGAAACUCGUACCUGUGUAAUUAAAACAAUUUAUUUACAACGAAUAUUCGAAGACAUUUUGAAAGAUGAUGAAUUGGAAAAUUCUCAAGGACAAUUAGACAUUCAAAGACAUGUUGGCAAUUUUAGUAAAAAUGUUUCGCCAAAACUUUUUCAUUUCUAUCAACGGUUAAUGAUGGAAAUGUUUGUUCUCAGCAGGUAUUUUAGAAAAAUUUACAAUGUUUGGGACUUCUGGAGUCCGAAUUCGUGA